CGCUGAGUGAGCCGGCGGCGGCAAAACUGCCUGACUGCAUCUUCAUUGGUCGAGGCGCAUCAGCUCUGUAAGACCAGUCUCGUAUACGUACGUCUGUGUAGAUAGCCCAGCGAGCGAGACACCAGGUUUCGCCCCGGGAGAGCACGACGAGGCCUCAGCUCGGCUAUCAGGAACCCGUCGACGCCUACGCCUCGUCCAGGGACGCUCAAUCAGAGCUGUGCGAGAUUCGAGCGAGCUGAGCUCCACUCGCUACGCCAGCUGUCCUCGACGGUCCCCUUUGCGGUGCCUAAGCCUGCAAGACAGGCCCAACUGAGCCUGUCGCCUCAAACACCUCAAAUCCGAUCUAGCGGCACAUCAUUGACUCGAAGAUGUCUGCCAGUGGCUCGGACGGGUUGGACUCGCCAGUAGAUGAGGAAGACUUCAUGAUGGAUGACGAUGAGGAGGGUUCAGUUGUCGAUUAUGACGACGGAUCUUCGGUGGACGAAGGGGACGAUGGAUUCGGUGGCGUGGCACAGACGAUCGACAAGGGCGAAGGUCCCUCUUGGCAAGUCGACUUUAAGAUCCUCUCCAUCCAGGAUAUCGAACGCGCCCAGUCCGAGAUCGCAGAGAGCGUUGCGAGCAUUCUAGCCAUAAAGCCCACCGAAGCAUCGAUCCUGCUCAGGCAGUGGGGCUGGAACAAGGACAAGCUCAUCGAACGCUACAUGGAAUCGCCCGAGAAAUGCAACAUCGAAGCCGGUCUCGAAGUCGGACGUCAGCCGCGUCCCAAGCGUAUCCGAGGCUUCGUCUGCGAAAUCUGCUAUGACGAUGACAGCUCGAAGGAGACGAUCGCCCUGUCCUGCAACCACCGAUUCUGUCGCGACUGCUACGCCUGCUAUCUCAUCUCCAAGAUCAAUGAGGGCGAAUCAAAGAGGAUCCAGUGCAUGCAGUCGAGCUGCAAGACCGCCGUUGACGAAAACACAGUCGCACUUCUCGUUGACGCUCAGAACGCAGAGAGGUACAAGCGAUUGCUCAACCGAUCCUAUGUCGAGGAAAGCUCCUCACUCAGAUGGUGUCCCGCCCCCAAUUGCGAGUACGCUAUCGAAUGUCACGUACCGAGCAAAGUGCUCGACACCGUCGUCCCAUCCGUCACCUGCAGAUGCGGCAAUCGAUUCUGCUUCGGCUGCGGACGAGAUGAGGACCAUCAGCCAUGCUGCUGUCCUCUCAUCAAACGCUGGCUGAAGAAAUGUGAGGACGACUCGGAAACGUGCAAUUGGCUCGCCGUCAACACGAAAGAGUGCACCAAGUGCCAGGCGACGAUUGAGAAGAAUGGCGGUUGCAAUCACAUGACUUGCAAGAAAUGUCGACAUGAGUUCUGCUGGGUCUGCAUGGGUGACUGGACUCUUCAUGGCACAUCAUGGUACAAUUGCUCCCGCUUCCAAGAGAAGGACGAUACCACCAAGGAUGCGGUCAGCAAGAAUCGCCAAUCGCUCGAACGUUACCUGCAUUACUUCAAUCGCUUCAACAAUCACGAGCAGAGUGCAAAGCUCGAGAAGGAAGUCUAUGCACGCAUCGAACGCAAGAUGGAGGAGAUGCAAAAGACGACUUCGCUCACCUGGAUCGAAGUGCAAUUCCUCAAACAGGCUGUCGACACCCUGUCUGAAUGCCGUAUGACGCUCAAAUGGUCAUAUGCAAUGGCGUUCUAUCUCGCCCGCAACAACAUCACGCAUAUCUUCGAAGACCUUCAGAGCGAUCUGGAGCGAGCAGUGGAAGAACUUUCGGAGCUGCUCGAGAAGCCGAUCGAGCCCCAAACCAUUCCCGAGCUCAGACAGAAGACCACAGACAAGACGGUCUAUGUCAAGAAACGUCACGAGAUCAUGCUCGAUGACACUGCAAAAGGAUCGGCAGAGGGCCGGUGGUCGUAUCAGGUCGAUCUGAACCUCAAGUAGAGCGAUCUCCCUCCCAGCGCGCAAUUGUAAACGUUCGACGUGUCCUGUACAUCCGUAGCCCCGUUUGUACUACUUUGCAUCAGGCAUCAACAGCUUCUCUACAUUGCUAGACUACUCUAACGCCUCUACACUCGGGG